UUCUCUUAAAAUUCUUUCUUCCUUAUUUUCUUGAGAAGAGGGCGUCGGAACAGCAUAAAAAAUGUCAAAACGCUCCAGUUCGCCUUCGUCAGGACAGCUGGUUAAACGCUCAAAGCCAGAUGAACGUGCAAAUACAAAUCAAAUAGCUAUCUCGAACAACAAUGAUCCAAGGAAUAAGGCCUUGAUUCGGAAUGUUCAGAGGACAAGCAGUCUGGAGGCGCCAAUUGUUAGUCUAGCUGGCGCGCAUUCCAGCGAAAUAUUAAGCUGUCGAUUCUCCCCGAAUGGACAGAACGUUGCUGCAUGCUCGUCUGAUCGAAGUAUUUCACUAUGGCGAACGUAUCCCCCAAACACCAAUUAUGCGCUUCUCUCAAACCUUACAAAAGCACCGAUACUAGACCUUCAGUGGUCUUUUUUCUCUCCAAUUAUCUAUGCUGUAUCGGCGGAUCAUCUUUUGACGAUGUUCGACACUACAACUGGACAGCGUGUACGAAAAGUUCGAGCACACAAAGAAAUCAUUAACUGCGUUGAUUCCGUGCUCGCGGGAGGGGCAGGCGUAGAGCUGGUUGCUACUGGGAGCGAUGACGGGACUGUCAAGGUCUGGGAGGGGGCAGAGAGCUCCGCAGGAGAUCUAGCAGACGGUGGGAAAAGAGCAGCAGUGACGUUGGAAGUCGGCUGUCCAGUAACGGCGGUAGCAUGGGCGCAGGAUGGCCAGACCUUGUACGUCGGUGCGAUAGACAAUGUUAUCCAUGUUUUUGACCUCCGAAAACAAGCUCAGAUAUCUACCCUUUCUGGCCAUACCGAUACCCCAACUUCUGUUACGGUCUCUCCUAAUGGUCAAUACAUUUUGUCGCCAUCACUAUCCUCGCAGACCCUCAUUCACGACAUCCGCCCGUUCUCGUCAAGUCCGACGCGAAUACACCGAACCCUGCACGGUGCACCUGCGGGAUUUGAGAACACCUUGUUGAGAGGAGCGUGGAGUAAAGACGACGGGGGGAAAAGGGUUGCUGUGGGGGGUGCAGAUAGGAUGGUCUGUAUAUGGGACGUUGAAACCGCUAGAGUGUUAUACAAGCUCCCAGGCCAUAAAGGAACAGUAACGUCGGUGGACUUCCAUCCCCUCGAGCCAAUCAUCCUGACUGGAAGUAAAGAUGGUACCAUGAUUCUGGGAGAAAUUGAGCCUAGCUUCCGAACCCAAGUCGCGGAAAAGCUGACAAAGCCACCUCUCCUCACAACCCUCACCUCUUCCGACCACUACCUCUGAAAUUCCAUUGGGCAGGGUGCACCGUUUAUGAAACCCACCGAGAGGUCUUCAGAUAGUCAUAGGAUGUUCUAGACCCUCCUGACAGCGCACAUUGUUUACGGGAGGGGUCCACGAUACCAGUUCCACGAAAGCGGCCAAGUUCGUUUGUGGAAUGCUCUCAAGACUUGAGUUCGACUCCAUCGUUAAAGGCAAAAGUGGUUAUAACAGGAAGAGAGGGUGCAUGAACAUCUAUCUGAUAUGCCUCAAAUACAGCAUUGCGCCAUCCAUCUCUUUUUAUCUCAAUCUCCAUCGCCGCCUAAUGCAGUAUUGACAGCCCCCGUGCAUGCCUAAAGCCUUGAUAGUCGUAUCACAAUGAAAGCAGAAGCAUGACGUAGAAUGGAGAUCUCAAUUCACAGUCGUAACUGCAGUCACUAUCGAUAGAAGUCCAUUUUCGCAAUGUUGCAAGUGCACCAAGAUCCGUCAGACGAUCUUCAUCACGCAGAAUCUACCAGAAUUGUCAAAGGUAGUCGUUCAUGUAAUCCUAUCUGUUCGGGCCUUGGGGUCAACUUUUCACCGAAAUCAAGCGGGGAACCACAUCUAUACAAGGAGGUGUCUGGUUAUGCUAAAACGGCGAAGAGAACUGAAGCGGCCGUUUGUACUACAGACUUUCACUUUGUAACUUACGAACAAGUUCACCGCGUCAAGAUCGUGAACGAAAAGCGACGAAGGUGAGCGUACAGGGUUGGUCCGCAUCUGUCAAUUGACGACUGCAUUUGAUAGGAAUGGAGACGGGAUUCUUUACGGGGUUCCAUGGAUUGGUGCAGGUAUACCCGGAUGUUUUAUUAGGAACUUAACGGAACUGGCGAGUUGCAAUAACUAUGAUUAGGUCUUUCGCAGGACCCUGGAUGCAGAAAGACCCUAACCUAGUUUAUGUCAUGGCGGUAUGUGUCCUUCGACAUAAUGCUGAUUUUCGUCAAUACCGCAAAAUUCCAACGGUCCCUAGAAGAUUGACUGGGGAACACGGGAUAGUACUAUACCAGCUUACUGACGGAUGACUUGUGGAUUUCGUUGAAAGAUUUUUCGGCCCUGGAACUUGUGCGGAUUAUUAUGACUACAUCGCUAUCACGGUUCCUCCUCAUGCGAAAGUCCUCAACGAAGACGUGGUACUAGUCCAAUCAUUAUCCCUACAUACUAGUAGGGGUGGCUUCUUGCCACUUAGUUGCGGUGGUCGUUCUGGAUUCUGGAAGAGAGUCUGACUGCGGCCGAUCAUCGAUCAUAGAUCAUCCCCCCAAAGUCUGAUGAACUCGAUAACUGCCUGACGCUCAGAACGUACAUUGAUGGAGUUUGAAUGGUUGAUGCCUAAUUUUUAUAGGUUCUGCAGGGAUGAUGUCAGCGAUCGAUCCUCAGGCUCAUUUCACAAGCCUGGAGAUUACUUCGCGAGAGGAUUUCCAACUUCAGUCAGCAUCCAAACGGAGACCGACGAAAGCACAUGCAUCCAUUCGCUGGUUUCUCCUUCACUAUACCAACAGCUACAAGGCCAUUCGUACUCUCGUGAUUUGAGCCGGAAAAUUUAAAUCUCGCCCCUCCCCCGGACAGUUGCAGUUGACAGUUUCCAACCUACUCCAACAUCCAGUACGACCCUCGAGAUUCAUCGCAAUAUUAAUAUUCCCCAAUCCGAAAAGAUCCCGCGAUAAUCAGAACAACAAUACACUACAACACCUGACACACCUCUUAAUAUUCUUCUACAAUUCUGGUCGGGAAUCACGAAGUCUGAUUCUCCAAAUUACGCGCAAAUAGCAAAUAUGGCAUCCAUAUUGUUUUUCAAAGCAUAUAGCAUUUGUUAGCGGGCCCGUUGCUCCUCAGCCUUGAUGCUUGAAGCUUGAGGUUCAAACUGCA